AUGUUCGGCAGUCUCGUGGCUGAAGAGACGCAAUGUCGAAGCUUCGGUGCAGUGCUUGCCGUGGCUCCUGACACGUCUGCCAUUCUGGCCGGGAAGGCGAGGCCGAUGUACCACGUGGACGCCAACAUGGCGGCCGACUGUCACGAAGACGAGGAAGAGCAGCAAAAUGAGGAAGAGGAGGCAGAAGAAGAGGAGGAAGAGGAGGAGGAGGAGGAGGAGCGGAGCACAGACGAGGAGGAGAGAAAGUUGUCCGGUCGAGAGUGUGGCAAAAGGUGGCCGCAGUUGGCCAAUGAACGGACGAGAAGAUGCCAACCGUCUCGAGCCUCAACGUCGACGUUGACGUCCUCAUCCUCUUCGACGUUGCGCUCUGCCGCGUCGGUCGCCUUGACUGAAGGCGAUCUGGCGCAGGCGAACCGGUCCCGUCGGCAACAGUUGCGCUUGACCGGCGUCGAUUCGCCCUCCAGACGGCACAGGCCGUCGGCUUCGUCGGCGUCGGCGUCGCCGUCGGCGUCAGCGUCGCCGUCGCCUUCGCUCUUGGGCCCCUUCGCCUCGGUUACCGCGUCGUUCGCGCCCGGCACGGCAACCUUCCACUCUUCAGACGACAUGCGUCUUGGACCAGACUCAGCCGGCGAGACGAUACUCUCUUCUUCCGACCUCGACGACGAGGACGCCGAGGCGACGGCGACGGCGACGGCAACGCCAACGCCAACGGCGAGGGCGAGGGCGAGGGCG